UUGAAUAUGAUAAAGGCCCCAAAAGGCCCUUAAUUUGUGAGAAUAAUAAUAAUAAUAAUUCCUUCAAAUACAAUAGCUUCCUCUACGACUAGUAACGAGGACCUAAAUAUACAAAAAAAACCUCACUGCAACAGGAAAUACACUUGGAGACGUCUGAAAAGUUUUCAAUAUUGAAGUCGCAGUUUACGAGGAGACCCUGAAUGCAGCAGAAGACGUUUCAAACAACAAGCAGACGGCUAACAUCUCAAAAUGGGCCAGUGGCAGCUAUGAGUCAGCGCACUCCCUGCCUGUGGACCCGGCUCCCCCAGAGCAGCCGGUCCCCGUGUGACCGCUACAAGCACGCCUGCUGCAGCCAUGAUGGGAAUGUGUAUGUCCUGGGCGGGAGAGACAACAGCGGUCUGAGGGACUUCUGGAGGUACAGCGUGGUUUGUAAUGAUUGGAUAGAGUUGAACUGCACAAGUGAAGCUGCACCAGAAGAGCUGGAGGAACAUUCUAUGGUGGCUCAUGAGGGCUUCCUGUACGUGUUUGGAGGCAUCCUGGAUUCUGCAUACACAAAGUGGAGAUGUCCCCUCUGGAUGUUCGACAUAGCAAAGCAGAAGUGGGUGCACUGCCAGGGGAAGACGAGCCCCCCUCAGGCCCAAAUGCCAACCAACAGAAAAGCCCACAGUGCCGUGGUGGUCGGCUCCGCCAUGCUGGUGUACGGUGGCUUUGUAGACAUGAAAGGAUCUUCGCAGGACUUCUGGAGUUUGGACUUGGAUACCAUGGCUUGGUCCCUGCUGAUUGGUUCCCAGCAGGGCUCAUUAGGCCCAGGCCCCAGACACAGUCACUCCGCUGUGGCCAACCACAGCUGCAUGUACCUGUUUGGGGGCUUGAAAGGCUUGCGGGAGCAGAGGGACUUGUGGAAGUGGAAUUCCACCAGCCACACAUGGAGCUCUCUUAAAAACAAGUCCGGUCCCUCCAGGCUGAUGGGACACUCUGCUGUGUCCUACAAGGACAGUAUGCUGGUUUUUGGGGGAGGCGAGAGCCAGAGCUCUCCAAAGAACGGCCUGUGGAGGUACAGCUUCAGCACGCAGAGCUGGGGGCAGGUUGCCACACUGCCCGGCUCUAACCCCCCAGACAAGAUCCACCACUGUUGUGCUGGGCUGGGUCCCAGCUACAAGUCCAACACCAGCAGCCCCGGAUACAGCUCAGAACUCCAACAGGGGCUGCUGGGAGGGAAACUGAGGCCCUUCAAGAACAGGUGCUUCCCUGCCCCGCUCACCUUCCUGGGCUCAGAGGGAGCCAUUGAGCUGGAGACCUUCAGCGCAGACAGAUGCUACGCUAGUCAAACCCUCGCACAAUCCUCCAACCUGGACCACACCACUGAGGGACGGACUGGAAGCUGUCUGACCUUUGAGAACAAGGCUUUCAGGACCCAGUGGAGCCCCACGCAGGAGGAGGUGCUGGACGAGGAGGACGAGGAGGACGAGGACAUGGCCCAGCACAUGCCUGAUCUGCUGCUGGUCCUGGGGGGGAGACCCUGCACCAGACACAGUCCCAUCUCUAUCUGGCAAAUGACUCUAACUGACUGCUAAGAGCGGAAGAUCAAAUGUUACAAACAUCUUCUCUGGGAGAAGCAUGGAAGAGAAUACAGCAGUGUUGGUUUACUAGCAUUUUGUGUGUAAGAAGACUACCACUGUUACUUUUGUUAAUGUUGUAUAUGUAUACUUUUCCUUUUUUGAAAUACAAUAAAUUAUCAAAAAAUUGUAUAAAAAGAAAUGGAAAAUCGAUUAUCAAUUAAAAACCUGCUCCUGCUCCUCCUCCAGUUCCACCUGCCCUUAUAUGAGCUGAUUGUCUUUUAUAUUUCAAAUAACCUGCUAUGGAGCUGAGCUCCACACGGUGGCGCCAUGGCUCAGCGAGAGGGUUCGUUCCUACCCAUGAGGCAAGGAGCGAGGCUGGUAGGAGAGGGGGCCGUACACAGUGAAAACCCCCCCAGAGCAACUAGUCAAUUCAUUGAGAACAUUUCAGACUAGCAAUUAAAGGGAGUAGAGACUAUGCUGGGAUUCCAUCUUAAGCUUUUAAUUUUUCUUAGGAAAU